GUCAGAUGAACUGACAGCUGGCUGCUGGAAUUUGACCGUGUGGGAAGCUUGAUCCUGUAACCACAGCGACCAGAGUAUUUAUUGCAAUCCACCCUGUUGAUUGGUGGACUUUACACUAUAAUCAAGAGAGACAGAGGUUACGUUCGGCAGUCCAGGAUCACACCGAGAGCAACAAAUAUUCUGCGAAAAAGUAAAAGAAGAAAGGAGGAAGGAAAGUGAAAAAAACAUGGCUAAGUUUCUUACCCAAGAUCAAAUCCAAGAAUUCAGAGAGUGCUUCUCCCUGUAUGACAAGACUCGGAAAGGCAAGAUAUCUACUGGCGACCUGAUCACAGUGAUGCGAUGCUUGGGAACCAAGCCAACUCCUGGAGAGGUGGAGAGACACAUGCUGCAUCAUAAAAUAGGUAGAAACAGCGAGCUGGAUUUCUCAACCUUCCUGAACAUCAUCCACCGGCAGCAACAGCAGGAGGAUCCCGAGAGAGAGAUCCGGGAAGCCAUGUUGAUGGCUGACAAAGAGAAAAGAGGCUUCAUAACAGCGACUGAGCUGAGGACCAAGCUGACCCAGAUGGGGGAGAAGCUGACCAACAAGGAAGUGGAUGAGCUGCUACGACAAGCCAAUAUCUCCCCGAAUGGAAUCGUGAAAUACGAGGACUUCAUCCGGACUAUCCUCCUGCCACCUGCGGACUACUGAGCUUCCUCAGAAUCCAGCUCCAGCUCCUCACCUUCUCACCUGUCCGUCAAUCUGCUGCCUGGUUGGACAUCAGCUUCUUCUACAAGAUGAGAACAUCUUAUGAGGAGGACCACCCAAGAAGAAUGCUCUCUGUCCACCCCAUCACAAUGCCCAACUCUCUGGGUGAACGUCACGCCUCGCUGUUCCCUGACCCACACAAGUAGCGCCCAUGUUUCAUGUGAGGACCUUCCUUGCGUUAAUCCUCAGUCUACCCUCACCAAUUGAAUUUCUCCUCUAGACAGGGUUUAGUGUAAAGUCACAGCUCCAGACAUUACUUUCUCUCGCUGUAAAUAUCUCUGGCACUCUUGAUUUCCACCAUUGAGUUUGAGUUUAGUUUAUUGUCACGUGCACUGAGCGAGGUACAGUGAAAAGCUUUUGUUGCACCCUAACCAGUCAGCCGCAAGACAAGACAUGAUUACAAAAGCGCAUAAGUUUAAAUGUUUCCAGCAAUUUUCUAUCAAUGCACCACAAACAAUGGUAAAACACCAAGAGUCACCUCAAAGGAACAUUCUCAAAUAAAGUCUUCCCCCAAGUUGCUGUGGAUGUUACGUGACAUAAGUUAGGAGAAGGAGGUUUCAAACAAUGUGUUCAAGAGAGAGGUUGAAAGGAUGAUGGAGUCAGAGUCAUACAGCACGGAAACAGGCCAUCCGGCCCAACUAGUCCACGCUAACGAGAUGCUCGUCCCAUUUGCCUGCAAUUGGCCCAUAUCCAACUAAGGGGUGAGGGAGGGAUUUCGAAGCGAAGGACCUUGUUAGCUGAAGGCACGGCUACCACAUGGAAUGUUAUCACACAGAAACUCUCAAUUCAACCCAACCGACCCCUGUGCGAUCAUCUGCAGGAAGAGAUUAGUUUAGAUCGGCAUG